CUUGACAUUGGCACGCUAUCAAAGUGUUCCCGAGCGCGUUUGCUGCGUCGCGCGUUUUGGGGACUGUGUGAGCCCAUUGAUUUUCUAAACCUGCGAGCUGUACAUGAUAUUGGACCAGACAACCUUACAAGGCUGUGGAAAAGCUGCUUAGGGAAGCGCAAAGUCAGCUGUAGAAGGCGCUGGAGGCGUGGCGCUCCCACCUUUAGACGUCCUAAGGCCUUGCUUGCUACGAAUUCCCCUAUUGUCACCUCUCGGUAUAUAACACAUUCCUGCUUCAGUUCAGGUCCGAUCCUCGUCUUUCUAUCGAGCCUGACUCGUUCGGUCUUCAACGCACUGCAUAGUCCAGAUUCGCCUCCAUUUCCACCAUGUCUUCGACUUACUCCAAGGGUACUCGAGUCUGGCUCCCGGACGACGCUACUGGCUGGGUAGCAGGUACAGUCUCCUCCAUCACCUUGCCGUCCGAUGGCAAUUCGACCUCUGAGGUCGUGGUAGUCGUCCAGUUGGACGGAGAGGAUGAGACGAGGACAUUGAAGUUCCCACUUUCUGCUCUCGAGACUGCUGGCGAUGCACUGUCCAGUGCACCUGCCGCUGGACAAGACGCUCCGCCACCGCUGAGAAACCCUCCAUUGUUGGAGAGUUCAGAGGAUCUUGCGAGUCUGAGUAACUUGAAUGAGCCCAGUGUCUUGCAUGCAAUCGCCACUCGUUACGCCCUUCAUCUCCCUUACACUUACUCGGGUAUCGUCCUUGUCGCCUUGAAUCCUUUCAGCCCAAUAUCAAUCUACGGUCCCGAAAUCAUUCAGGCCUAUUCAGGUCGCAAGAAGGGAGAACUGGAGCCCCACCUGUUUGCCAUCGCUGAGGAAGCCCUUGAUUGCAUGAGGAGAGGCUCAGGGACGGGAGGGACGGACCCAACUGGUGCCGGUGAUCAGACUAUCGUCGUCAGCGGAGAAAGUGGUGCUGGUAAGACUGUGUCUGCCAAAUUCAUCCUUCGAUAUUUUGCGUCUGUGGAGGACCCUUCCCGGCCAAACCCAGCGCGACGGAAAGAAAAUGCGUCAGAGGAGAUGAGUGAGGUGGAGAAGCAGAUAUUGGCCAGCAAUCCGAUCAUGGAAGCGUUUGGCAAUGCAAAGACUACGAGGAAUGACAACUCGUCACGUUUCGGGAAGUACAUCGAGGUCCUCUUCGACAAUUCCAACGAAAUCGUCGGCGCUCGCAUACGCACGUACCUCUUGGAGCGAUCUCGAUUGGUCUUCCAGCCUGAAUCGGAGCGAAAUUACCAUAUUUUCUACCAGCUUCUUGCCGGGGCUCCGUCAAAGGAGAGAAAAGAUUUCUCUAUAACGUCUGAUCCUGGAGCCUUCGCGUACCUCGCUGGAGGUGGCCCAUCUUCGACCCCUAUAUCCGGCGUGGAUGACGCGAAGGAAUUCCGAGAGACUCAGAACGCCCUCUCGACCGUCGGUAUCGCCGUCGAGCGACAGUGGCACGUCUUCAAGCUCCUGGCAGGUCUAUUGCACCUUGGAAACAUCAAGAUCACUCAGUCGCGCACGGAUGCUGUCUUGGCGGAUGACGAUCCGGCUCUCGCGCUCGCGACAAAUCUGCUUGGUCUAGCUCCUGCCGAUUUCAAAAAGUGGCUCAUCAAGAAGCAACUCGUGACGCGGAGCGAAAAGAUUAUCACUGCCCUGAACUCGGCUCAGGCCCUGGUGGUCCGGGACUCGGUCGCCAAGUUCGUCUACUCGUGUCUGUUUGACUGGCUUGUCGGUGUUGUCAACGAGAGUCUCGGAGGGGAGGGUGGAGCUGGGGCACAAAAAGCUACCAAGUUCAUCGGUGUGCUGGAUAUCUAUGGCUUUGAACACUUCAAAAAGAACUCUUUCGAACAAUUCUGUAUCAAUUGGGCCAACGAGAAGCUGCAGCAGGAAUUCAACGCGCACGUCUUCAAGCUCGAACAAGAGGAGUACGUUCGGGAGCAGAUCAAUUGGACGUUCAUCGACUUUGCGGACAAUCAAGCGUGUAUCGAUGUCAUUGAAGGCAAGAUGGGUGUCCUCACCUUAUUGGAUGAAGAGUCACGUCUACCCGCCGGUGCGGACGCAUCCUUCGCCAGCAAGCUUCAUCAGCAGCUCGCCAAGCCAGAGCACAAGGAUGUUUUCAAGAAGCCUCGAUUCAAUCAAAAUGCGUUCACCAUUGCUCAUUAUGCCCACGAUGUCACCUAUGACGUCGACGGAUUCAUUGAGAAGAAUCGCGAUACUGUGCCGGAUGAGCAGCUUGCCUUGCUCCAGGAUUCUUCCAAUGAGUUCCUCAAAGAAGUGUUGGAUGCCGCUCUGGUUGCGGCGAGCAAUAAAGCCAACGGUGAUGGCAAAGCUGCGGCAGCGCCUGGAAAGCGCCCAGGCGCGAGUGCGAAAAAGCCUACGCUUGGAUCCAUAUUCAAGGUGUCCCUUAUCAGCCUGAUGGAUACUAUCAACUCGACGAACGUGCAUUACAUCCGAUGCAUCAAGCCAAACGAGGCGAAGAAAGCUUGGGUGCUUGAUCAGCAGCACGUCCUGUCCCAACUCAGAGCUUGUGGUGUUCUUGAGACUAUUCGAAUCUCUUGUGCAGGAUAUCCCUCGAGAUGGACCUUUGCAGAGUUUGCCGAAAGGUACUAUCCUCUCGUGCGCUCGACGGAAUGGACAGACGAUGUCAAGAAUCUUUGCUCGUCAAUCCUGGCAAAGACGAUCAAGGACGAAGACAAGUACCAGAUUGGUCUCACCAAGAUCUUCUUCCGAGCCGGAAUGCUGGCGUACCUCGAAUCGCUACGCUCGAAUCGACUCAAUGAGUUGGUUACCUUGGUUCAGAAGAAUGUCAGGCGAUACCUUGCGUACAAAGAAUAUCAGGACAAGCGCCGAAAGUCUAUCAAGAUCCAAUCCUGGUGGCGUGGAAUCCUGGCUGUUCGGUAUACUGAGGAUCUCCGACGACAAACUGCGGCGACCAAGAUUCAACGGGUAGCAAGGGGGUAUCUUGCGAGGAAGAAGUACACCGAAACACGGCAGGCGGUCAUCAAGAUCCAGUCGGUUAUUCGAGGACAUCAAGCUCGCGCUCGGGCUCGAGAGGAGCGCAAGGCGACUGCGGUAAUUACCUUGCAAAGCUUGUUCCGUGGACUGGCCGCUCGUCGUCGCGCUCAAACCGAGAUUCGCAAAGUGGUCGUUUUGCAAUCUCAAUGGCGACGCAAACUUGCCAUCCGCGAGCUGCGUGGCCUUCGAGCCGAAGCGAAAUCCGCUACGAAAUUCAAGGAGAUCUCUUAUCAACUUGAGAACAAGGUGGUCGAGCUCACUCAGACACUGCAAAAGCGGAGCGCUCAGAAUCGGGAGCUCGAGGCUCGUGUCACUUCGCUUGAGGCUUCCUUAUUGACCUGGCAAGGCAAGCAUGACGAGGCUCAUGCCAAAGCGCAAAGUAUGGAAUUGGAGUUGGCGAAACCUACGGUACCUGCCAAGCAGUAUGAAGAGGCCGUCGCCUUGCGACAGGAGACUGAACGCAAGAUGGCCGAGGCGACGAAACGCGUUCAAGAGCAAGAGCGGGAGAUUGAGCGUUUGACCGCAGAAUUGACCACGCAUACUAGCGAGAUUGAACAGCACCAAUUCACCAUCGACACAGCCGUCGCCAAGGGAGUGGAGGACACUUCAACAAUCGCUUCGCUCCGCGCCGAACUGCAGAGCCUGAAGGAGCAAGUCAGUCGAGCUAAUGCCUUGCAAGCCCUAACCAAGGGCUCUCGUCCGGUCGAGCCACCGUCUCCGACCAUGGUCAACGGUCUCAAAUCGUUUGGCGAUCAUGUCAACAAUUCGCAAGGUCCUAGUACAGCGCCUCGUCGUCGGAAUAGGAGACACAGUGGACCACAACAACACGCUCGAAACCUUUCUCAGGAGGAUAUCUUGGCAGGGAAGGCCAAUCACCGCGCUGUUUCGGUCAUGCUGCCUCAAAACGGCAAGGACCGUCCUCGCGACUCGAAUGGUCUGCCGACACUCAGCGAUGGUGGCUACGACGAGGUGAUGCGGCUGUUGGAAGACGAGCAGGGUCUCAACGACGAUGUUCUGAGAGGCCUGAUCAAGGAGCUCAAGAUCCCCCCGGCGAGCCUACACAAUCCGCCAUUGGUCAAGGAAGUCAUCUUCCCUGCCCAUCUCAUCAGCUUAGUCUCCAACGAGAUGUGGAAGUUGGGCAUGAUCCCGGAAUCCGAGACUUUCCUCGCCAAUGUCAUGCAGAACAUCCAAUCUUACGUCAUGUCAUUCAAAGGAGAAGACGUCAUUGUUCCUGGCAUCUUUUGGCUAUCCAACGUUCAGGAGAUUCUGUCAUUCGUCUGCCUCGCUGAGUCAGAUGCCUCUCAAGGCAUUGCACCUGGACCUGAAGAUGGCGGUCGCGAACUCGAUUGGGAGGCAUACGAACGUCUGGUCAGUGUCGUUAAACACGAUCUCGACUCGUUAGAAUACAACGUGUAUCACACAUGGAUGUUGGAAACAAAGAAGAGGCUCGCCAAGCUUGUCAUUCCCGCUUUGAUCGAAUCUCAGUCCCUCCCUGGCUUUGUGACAUCCGAUGUCAGUGGUCGAAUGUUUUCGCGGGUGUUGGGCAUGGGUAACACAGCCGGUCCCGAAUUUUCAAUGGACGACAUUUUGAACUUGUUGAACAAGGUCUGGAAGUGCUUGAAGAGCUAUUACAUGGAGGAGAGCGUCAUUCAGCAAGUCAUUACAGAGCUGCUCAAGCUUGUCGGUCAAGUGGCGUUCAACGAUCUCAUUAUGAGGAGAAACUUCUGUUCGUGGAAGAGAGCCAUGCAAAUACAAUACAACGUUACACGUAUCGAGGAAUGGUGCAAAUCUCACGACAUGCCUGAGGGUCUCCUGCAGCUUGAACAUCUCAUGCAAGCUACCAAACUCUUGCAGCUCAAGAAGGCAACAAUGGGCGAUAUCGAGAUCCUAUUUGACGUUUGCUGGAUUUUGUCACCAACGCAGAUCCAGAAACUCAUCUCGCAGUACCAUACUGCCGAUUACGAGAACCCCAUAUCUUCCGACAUUCUCAAAGCGGUUGCGGCGAGAGUCAGACCCGAAGACAAGUCUGAUCACUUGCUGCUUACUCCAGAGACCGAUGAUGUGGGGCCAUAUCAGCUACCGCCGCCGAGAGAAGUGGUCGGACUCGAGACAUACGUCCCUGCAUGGCUGAACGUUCCUCUCGUGAGAAGGUUGGCGAUCUCCGUGUCAUAGAGAAAUUUCAACGCAUCUUUCACUUCCCUAAUUUUGAUCGCUCUGUCCGUUUUUGGCUGUUUGUACAUGGCAUAUACACAUUUCAUGCA